AUGCCCCUCAAAGAAGAGGUCAAUGAACUCGACGAGUCUUUUAAUAUGGCUUACAAGCGUUUUCUUUCUAUGGAACGGAAAUUGAACAAGGAUAGUGAUCUAAAGGACAAAUAUGUAGAAUUUAUGACUGACUACGCACGACAAGGACACAUGGAACUGAUAUCUCAAGAAGAAAUAGAAACUGGUAAAUUAGUCAACUAUUUGCCACACCACGCCGUUACAAAGGAAAGCAGCACGACAACAAAACUUCGGAUGGUCUUUGACGGAUCAGCAAGGACCUCAUCAGGACUGUCCCUUAACGAGGUACAAAGAAUCGGUUACGUGUUUCAAAACGACCUGUUCUCAAUUACUCUACGUUUUCGCCAACAUCCAAUAGUUUUAUCGGCAGACAAAACACAAAUAUAUCGCCAGAUACGAAUUCGUGAGGACCAGCAAUAUUUACAGAGAAUCCUGAGGAGAACCGACCCCUCAACACCAGUACAACAUUUUAAAUUAAUGACUCUCACGUACGGCACCGCGUCAGCUCCAUUUCUCGCGCAUUGCGACAAAUCGGCGAGGACAAUAAAGAGAAAUAUCCAAGCGCUAGCGAGGUUAUUAUUCGAGACUUCUAUGUAG